GAGGUUCUUUAGACUUAGGACAGGAAAACACUUUCUGUGCGAGAUUAGAGAACUGCUCAUACGGUCCGAGGCUCACGGCAGGUAUGCAGUGAAAUAUUACAAACCGUAGCAAACAUAACUAAAACGUUACUUACAACUUGCUUCACUGGAAAUAAGAAGUGGACGUUUAUGGGCGAUUCAGCCGGAUGUGUUAAGUACUUUUUUUGUGUUUAUAUGCUCUUUUUUUUAAAAACAGUAUUGUUCUUACAGUCUGAUGUAAGAAGAGGAAAAUGCCCAAAUGACCGGAUCUUGCCCCAUAAUGAUUACAGAAAUCGUCAUUGUGCGCCACCCUGUCUCCGUGUGCGUACCCGUGAACCACAGAGUGACUCUGCGAGUCCGUGCUGAGGGCAAAGGCAUUCUCAGCUACCAGUGGUUCUCUGAAGAUGAGAAGGAGGUGCCUGCAGGUACUCAAUCUGACUUGACUAUAAGAGCUUCUAAAACUCAUCGAUAUGUCUGCCGAGUCAAUGACCACUUUCAUAAUUACGUCUUCAGCGAAUGGGUGAAGGUGAAAGUGUUGGACAUUGAUAAAUCAGGUCUGCCAGUUGACUGGCAGGGCGAGCCGCACAUCGCUAUCAAUCCCAAACCAGAAACGGUUCAAGUGGGAACAAAAGUCAGCCUUCGCUGUGCUGCCUUUGGCAUCCCCACUCCACACUACCAGUGGUACAGAAAUGGACAGCCACUGCUGGACAAGACCAGUGAUAUACUGCAGAUUGAUGGUACAACAGCAGAACAUGGCGGAUCCUAUCUGUGCUCGAUAUCUAACGUCUUAGAAGAGAGAUGGACUGAGCCUGUUGAUAUCAAUAUUGUGCAACCUGAACAGCCUCCACUAACAGCCACGGAUAAGGUCGCCCUUCUCAUCGGCAACUUGAAUUACAGCUGCCACCCUGGUUUGAUGGCGCCCGUCAUGGACGUCCACGAACUGGGCAACCUGCUGCAGCAGCUCGGCUUUAGGGUUGUUUCCCUGCUGGACCUCACCAGGCAGGAGAUGAUGGCUGCUAUCGACAAAUUCAUUCAGCUUCUUGACAGGGGCGUUUAUGGGCUUUUCUACUAUGCGGGUCAUGGGUAUGAGCAUGCCGGGAGGAAUUAUUUGGUCGCAGUCGACGCUCCACAGCCGUACCAAACCAAAAAUUGCGUCUGUGUUCAAAGGGUCAUGAGUCAAAUGCAAGAAAGGCAGACUGCCAUGAGUGUCAUCCUGCUGGACACCUGUAGAAAGUGGUACAACCAGGGUUGUAUACCAUCAGUCAUUAAGGCACUGAGACCAAAUGGGAACACGGUGUAUGGUUAUGCCACAUGCGAGGAUGCUGAGGCCUACGAGGUCCAGGAUGGGGGCAAGAGUACUGGCAUCUUCACAAAGUACCUGAACAAGCAUAUUCUUCAGGAAGCCAAAGUCACGCAUGUCUUAGAGCGAGUUUCUGAAGAUGUUGGUAAAGACCCUCUCGUAACUGGCAAGCAGGCAGUGGAGAUAAAACACACCAUGAAAGAACCACGAUCCCUCAAAGAUAAAGUUCGAACUGCAGGUCACACAAGAGAACUACACCUACGAGAUGUUUGCUGGAGGCAGGCAAAUGAGCUGCCACGAAAGAAGCAGCUGAUGUUUCCAUGCGGUGUGAAAGUGGAAGUCAGCUUCUCAGCUCUGUUCUCCAAUGUACUGGUUGCUUUUGCGACUAUAAAGGCUACGCCUGAUCAAACCCAAGACUGCACUGUCACGCUAAGUAGCAACCCUCCGAUGGAAGACAUAUUUUCCAGGCCGGGUCGCUCGGAGGAUAUGGACUCACUACUAAUAAAUGAAACGCUUAACCCUGACUGUACUUUAAGACUUUGCUCUCUCCAGAAACUGAAGGAAUCAGUAGUACUCAAGGUGGAUCUACACUAUACUCACAAGGACAGUAAUGUGCGGCACACAGAGAGCCAGCAGGUGGACAUUGGAAGGCCUCUGGUUGCGUCCUGUAAGCUGUACAGGGAGAAUCACACAAGAGACAAAAAACCAAACGGUGCUACAGCUCAAACCACGGGCAACAUUUCACACAGCAAAUCACAGCAGCAUCAGAAUCUGGCUGCUCCGCAUCGACAUUUCACCAGAAAGGCAGAGUGCGCUGCCAAAACUCCAACUACAUGGAGCAACGAACCUGAAGAGAAUGAUGAAAAUGAACUGCUGGAUUUCCGACCAUCUGAGUAAAUACUGUAAAAAAGCUUUUUCUUUCUUUCCUUUUCUUUUUUUUUAACCAUAUUUGAUAAUGCAUUUUGUCUGUAACUGAAUAAGUAGAGUGAGAAGAUUUAUACUCUGCUUAUGUUCGUUUUUAUUGCAGAACAUAAAUGGAUACAAUACAUAAACGUAAAGAAAUUUAAAAGAUGACUGUAAUAUUUUUGAUUUUUUUUUUCUUGUGAAGAACACUUUAUUUCAGUGGCAAGCUGGCUGGCCUAUUGAAGACAUUACUUUAAUUAUUUAUCUCAUAAACAGUACUACUUUAAUCUCUGCAUUGUGGAACUUUAAAAUAUAUUGUGAUAUGUAGUUUUGUUUUAACAUAAGAAUAAAUACUGUAGUUUCUCUUAACAAG